UGAGGUCGUAGUCGAGCUGUCACUUGCUGAGAUUCAAAAACACAAUCCGCAACGCAACGUCAAGGCCUUGUGUCAACGAUCAGUAUAACAUUACACCGACGCGGCCCCACACAAGUGCCCAAUCUACACGGCCUAAUUCGUCAUGCCCCGGAUCGAGGAGUUUCACAUUCGGCCAUUGGGCUGGGAGAGCGGUCCAGAGGAGGAACGGUUUAAGCUCUCCACCCUCGACUACAUGUCGCCGAGGACUUACAACAACUAUGCACUUUUUUUCAAGGUGAAAGAUGAGGACAAGAGCAAAGUGGCGGAGGUGCUCAAGGAAGGUCUGGAGCGGGCUCUCGCGCAAGCCAUUCACCUUGUAGGCACAAUUGAGAAGGACGAAGACGGCUUCCACUCCUUUGUCAAAAGAAAGAGCAGCACUGUCAAGCUCGUAGUCCAGUAUCUCGACUCCCCUGACGACAAGUUCCCGUCCUUUGCCGAGAUUGAAAAGUCUCACUUUGUCACAACCACCCUUGGCGAUAUCAAGAUCUUGAGCAACGCCCCCAUGACCUACGGCGAGACGCCGGAAGCCCACCCGGACUCCAGCCCUGUCACUGCCUCGUUCAAGGCCAACUUUAUCCCCGGGGGUCUCAUAUUCAACAUGCACUCCCACCAUUACAGCAACGACAUUUCUGGGUGGGGUUCUUUCACGAAGCAGCUGGCCGAGAACUGUUCCGCCAUCGUCAACAAGACCGAGUUCCCGUCCUUCGACCCCGGAUGCCUCGACCGCAGCCGUUUCAACGCUCCGGCGAUCCCCGAGGAAUCGCGGGUCGACGCGCCGCCGCAGGCCGGCCGUCACCCCGAGCACAAGCGCUGCCAGUCGCUCAUCUUCCACAUGCCCAAGAGCAAAGCCGCCGAGCUGAAGAAGGCGGCGUCGCCCGACGACGGCUCCUGGAUCUCCACGUACGACGCCGUCGUAGCCCUCGCAUGGCGCACAUUCAGCAAGAUCCGCGAGCCCGUCUACAAGCCGGAUCCGCUCUCGAACCCUAUCUGGGGGGAGGCUAUCAACAUGACCAAGCGUCUCACCGACCCCAAGAUGCCGGCCCGCAUGCAAGGCAACGUCUUCUUCGCCGCCGUGUCCGCCACGGCCCCCGUACCGCAGCUCACCGUGUCUGAAAUCGUCUCCGAGGCGCCCCUGUCCAAGCUGGCGGCCUACGCGCGCCGGAUGACCGACAGCGUGACGGGCGAGGCGCUGGCCGGCGCGCUGCGGGCGCUCGCGCCGAUCCGCAAUAAGGCGGACCUGUCCAUCCGCGUCGACUCGUUCCCGCCCAUGUCCGUAGCAAUGACCGACUGGCGUGACGCCGACGUGUGCACCGCCGACUUCGGCUUCGCCAAGCCCACCGCCUUCCGGCAUCUGUUCAACCCAGACACAGUGAUCAACAACAUCAUCAUCGUGUACCCGCCGCGCCGCGGGCCGGCCGGGGACGACGAGGGCAUUGAGCUGCACGCCGGCUUCGAGAGGGAGCUCGUACACCAGCUCGUGGACGAUCCGGAAUGGAAAAAAUAUUUCGAGUUUAGGGGCGUGGAUGCGGAUGAGGGCAUUUCGGGGACGGAGUCGGGAUGUGGUGUAUGAGCACAUCCUUGCUCUGAGAGUAUAGAAACCAGUAACAUGUUCCAAUCAGGUAGCCUGCCUCUUACAGUUACGUAUAUAUACGCGAGGGAUAGAUAUAGAUAAACGGU